GUUGACUGCAUUCAACUCUUAGGUUGAAAGCAAUUUGUUUCACUCCUCUUCACUCCUCCUAGCCGGUAACUCCAUCCAACAAAGGGGUUGCAAAUACAGUAAGGCAAAUCAGCAAGCUUUAUAUAAUUUUCUCCACAUUAUCGAACUAUGGCGGAUACCGCAGUUGACACGACCACCACCGAGGUUACACCUAAGGAUCUGAAGGAGAAGAAAGAAGUGGCAGAAGAGGCAGAGAAGGUGGAGAAAGAGAACGGCAGUGGAGACGCACCUGCCAAUGGCACAAAGACAAACGGUGCAGACCACGAAGAGGAAACCCCUGAGGAUGAAGAGGAUGAGGAUGAGGAUGGAGAGGGAGAGGAGGGUGAGGGUGCAGAGGAAGAUGGGGCAGAGGAGGCAGAUGGACACCCUGUGAAACGUCCAGCUGAGGAGGAGGAAAAGGCUGAAACGAAAAAGCAGAAGACAGAGAACGGUGACUCCACAGAAGCUGAAGUGAAAGCCUAGAACUUUAGCCUGUCACCUUUAUAGCCUUAUCCGUGGAGGUAUCCUGGCAAAGAAAAGGCUGUGCUUUCAUGUGUACAUUUUACAGAAAUUUUUCUCUCCUCCCACCUCCCGCUCCUCAGAUAUUGUAUUUGCACUGGAGUUUUGUAACACCAUGGCCCUUUUUUUGUAAAAUCUUAUUUAUUGGUCCCCCCGUAUGACCAGUUUUUAUUACUGCUGCAAAUGGGGCCCACUCAAAAAAAAAAAACAGUGCUUUUUCUUUUUAAAAGUAUAAGUAACCGUUGUUGAGCACGUUUUCUACUUUACCUGACCUGCUGCCACCCUCUUUCAACAGUUGUGUCCUCCCUCUACUGUUUAUACACUAUAAAAAUGACCUCAAUUUCACUCGAGACCAAAAAAUGAGUUUUAUUGUGGGGAUAAUUCUUCAGCCUUGUUUUUUUGUGUUAGUAGUUAAAUCAGCAAAUGGUGCAAGUGUGCAUUAAUGGUCCUUUAUUGUUUGUAAAUGAUAAAAACCAUUGGCUUUCCUGAUGAUGAGACCUGUAGUUAUUAUCCCCUUUUAAAUCUUAAGGUUUUUGGGUGUUUUGUGAUCUUUAUGAACAGUUGCUUUUCAUAUUCUGUGUACAGAUUUGGUUUGGUUUUUGGUCAGGAUGACCAACUUUAGGUUUCUAAAUGCCUCAUACAGCAGCCCACACCCUGCCCUGGUGUACCUCUUACAUUUCUGAACAGUUAUUUUUUUUACGGUUAAUUUUUUUUGUUUUGUUGAUGCUUUGACCACUGCUUUGUAUAUUCUGGUUCUGGAUUAUAAAUAAAUCAGUCUUUUUA